AUGGGCGACUUCUUUGUUUCAGGCACUAAUUCAAACAACAAUGAUCCAGUCAAUCCUUCUGUUCUUCAAAACAAUACCUCUCCCACAGUUAUUGAUGUUGUUGCAACCAAAACACAGAUUAUUAACAUCAACCCAACUUCACAACUUCCUAUCAAACUUGUUGGUGGUGCAAACUUCGCAACAUGGAAAGCUCAAAUUCAAAAGGUCAUGAAUGACUUUGACUUGAUGGGUUAUCUCGAUGGAUCUAUAACACCACCUCCACACACCAUUAAGCAAGGAACUCAAGACGUUGUCAAUCCAGAUUUCAAAAUUUGGUUUCAGAAAGAUAAUCUCAUCGGCGAUGCCUUAAUGGCAUCUGUCGAUUCCACUAUUGCACCAUCUGUUGCCUCCGCUGAAACUUCAAAAGAAGCAUGGGAUUAUUUACAUACCACACAUACGAAUAGAUCUCAAACCCGGAUCUAUAGUCUUCGAGAUGCACUAGCCAAAGUUCAGCGAGAUCAAAAGUCCAUCACUGGUUAUCUCAGAGAAAUAAGAACAAUCACUGAUGAGUUAGAUGUUCUCGGUGCUCUCAUUUCUAAUGAAGAAUCGAUUAUGAAAAUACUUAGCGGUCUCGCACCCGAAUAUGAAGCACUGAGUACUGUUAUUCGAUCAAGGGACUCGCCUAUAUCAUAUGAAGAAUUGGCACACAAGCUCACAGAUCAUGAACUUUAUCUCAAGCAAGCUGAAUAG